CAAACAAACGGGACCGCCGCUGCCUGCUUUUCUUCAGUGUAGACAGUGCCUUAGAGCCCGAGUGUUCUACGACGGCCAAGCAGCGGCCCACUUGAGACAUGCCGGCGUGUUAUUAUUAAAUAAUAUGCUCUUCUUUCUUGGGUGCCAAAGAAGUAACUGAGAACAAGCCAAGAUGAGUGCAACACGAUUUUCGCAAAUCGCCACCUGCAUCGCUCUAACAGUGGUGCUGGGCUCCACCCUGACUGACGCCAUCAAGUGUUACCAUUGCUCCGUCAAGCCGGCCCUCCAAAAAGACACCAAAGAGAUGAAGCCGGCCUGCCAGAGGUUCACCCCCACCAGCAAGUACAUAACCGAGUGCGGAAACUCAACCUACUGCAUGAAGAAGUCCUACAACUACAUCCUGAGCAACGGUUCAGUGACGACUGUGGUUCAGCGCGAGUGCGCGCCCCAGGCGGCGCCAUACCAGGUGUUGGUGGACAACAAGUGGCAGCGGCGCACCAAGGUGGAAAAGGACGCGUACGAGGAGGGCUGCGUGAUCCAGCACCCGGAUCACCCGAUCAAAACCAACCCGACCGAGUACUGCUACUGCAGCAAGAACUUGUGCAACUCGGGCAAGUCGACGCACGACGCCACGUCAGCGGCGCACACCGACGCGAUGGCCGUGAUUUUUGUCUUCAACGCAAUGAAGUACAUUCGAAGCCUGCGAUAGCAGUGCAACAACCGAACUCACUCUCGCAUGGCAGUGGACAUGUUCAAGUGGCUGUGACGAUAUAGACGUUUAACUGCUUAUAUCCAUCGAGCGUCGACCGGCGCCGGAACUACUACUACUGAUCAUUUUAACUAAGUUAUAUAUUUUGUUACUACAUGUUUGUGUGACGCUCGUGAUCAGAGCCAAUGAAUGUCUUCUUGUCUAGUGUAUAAGCAAAAUGUGCGCAUUUCGCGAUUGGUAUCCCUUGAUACGCUCAAUAAAGUUUUAAAAUAGAUAAAUA